AAGUUUUCAAAUAAUUAAUAAAAAUAUUUAAUCAAUAUUUAGAAGAUUUUUAUAAAUCACCAGAGGUAUAAUAAGAAAUUGAGGGUAAAUCUUAUCGCUGAUACGCGUGGGAAUGGCUGAUAAGUUAAUUGAUGAUAAAAAACCCAAACUAACACGUUCACGUGCACGUCAUUUACGUCGUAAGCGUUUAAUAAUAGCGCGCAAAGAAGCUGAUAAAAAAACUAUAAAUAUUGAAUUUACUGAUAAUAAUUCAAUAAAUAAUAAUUCAAAUUUAUUAUCAUCUUCAGCGACGACAAUUGAAUCACUAGAAAAUAAUUCAACUCCACUAGCGGAUAGCAAUUUAACAAAAUCAAAAGCACGUCGUCUGCGAAAGAAACAUAAGAAAGUUGAUAACAGCAACGAAUUAAUAGAAAAUAAAAAAAAUUUAGAAUUAAUCAACGAUAUCGAUAAAAUAAAUUACAAUAAUAUUUUGAUAAUAAACUCAAAUAGUGACAACAAAAGUAUUAAUGAUUCAUUAUUAUUGUCAAGUGAAAAUGAUAAAGUUGACAAAAUUUCACUGGUGAAUGAAGAAAUUAAUGAGGACAAAAAUAUAAGUAAUGAAAUAGUUGACACAAAUAUUUAUGACAGUAAUAAUAAAAAAAUAAUAAAAAUGAAUAACGAUUCGAGUAAAACACGUGAGCAAAUAAAAGCUGAACGCGAAGCUAAAAAAUUAGCUAAAGCUGUUUCUAAAAAUAAAAAAAAUAAAGUUCUCACUGACAAUAUUGGCGGUAAAGUUUUAAAUGAUGAUAAACUUGAGUUGCUGAAAGAUGUUAGAAAUUCAUCACUGAUUGAUCAGGAUCAAUUAACUACAGACACUACUGACUUCUGUCAUGCGUCUAAAGAAAUAUCACCGGUAAUUCCUUCCGAGUACAUCAUCCGUAAAUUAACUAUUGAGGAUAAAGAUUCAAAUGUAAGUAAAGUGCUAGGGAUAAAUGAUUCCAUUGAAAUAAAUCUUACAAGUAAAUCUCAAUUACGGGCUGAAAGACGCGCUAAGCAGGAAGCGCAACGCGCUGCCAAAGAAUUGGAAAAGAGUCAGAAGAAAAAUGUUACGAAAAAAGAUAAUAGUAGUAGUAGUAGUAAUAGUAAGAAAGCUGUCGCAAGUACUGGGGAAAAUGUUGUAGGAAUUAAAGAAGAAGAGGGUACGAAAAAAAUAGUUAAGAAAAUAAUGACUGCCAGUGGGGUGAUAAAUCAUGAGAUGAAUUUAUUUAAACACUUGUAUCAUGAACGUGAGCAGUGUCAUGUUGACAUGCCGGUGGUUAAUUCACAUUUGCAUCCGGCGAUUGUAAGACUUGGGGUGCAGUACAAAGACAAAGUUAUUGUGGGCAGCAAUGCUAGAUGUGUUGCAUUUUUAUCUGCACUUAAGCAACUGAUUUAUGAUUACGAACGCCCGAGCCAAGCUGAUUUCACACGUGGUUUGGAAAGUUGUUUUCAAGAGUCUAUGGCUUAUUUACACUACUGCAGACCUCUGGCUGUUUCGAUGCAAAAUGCGUUGAAACAUAUCAAGUGGAAAAUGACUUUACUGCCGAGAACUACUCCCGAUGAUCAGGCAAAAUCUCAGUUGGCGAAUGCUAUUGAUACUUAUAUACAAGAACAAAUAUUAUUGGCUGGCGAAGCCAUUUCUAUGACAAUUCGUACAAAAAUAUCUAAUGGCGAUGUUAUUUUAACUUAUGGAUACUCAUCAUUAAUUCAGAGAAUUUUAUGCGACGCUUACGACGCCGGUCGUAAAUUUCGCGUGAUAAUUGUUGACGGAAGACCAUGGCUUGAAGGGAGAGAAUUACUACGAAGACUCGCUAAACAUGGCGUUGAAUGUUCUUACAUACUAAUAAAUGCUCUUAGUUUCAUAAUGCCUGGAGUAAAUAAAGUAUUCGUUGGAGCCCAUGCAAUAUUAGCUAACGGAGCAGUGAUGUCUCGUGCUGGCACAGCCCAAGUCGCUUUGAUGGCUAAAGCAUUUAACGUUCCUGUGUUAGUUGCUUGCGAAACCCACAAAAGCUGUGAACGUGUGCAAACAGACUCGAUAGUAUGCAACGAAAUCGGUAACGCCGAUGAAUUGGACUUCAAUACUACCGGUGUAACUAAAAAGUCACCUCUGUCCAAUUGGAAAGCUAAGAAAACAUUGAAUUUGUUAAAUAUUAUGUACGAUGUAACUCCCGCCGAUCUUGUGACUGCUGUCGUCACGGAGCUGGCCAUUUUACCCUGCACAAGUGUCCCCGUUAUAUUGCGAAUUAAACCCUCGGAAAUUUGAGCGUUGAUUUAUCGGCUUAUCAACAAGGAAUUUAAAAUAAUUAUUAUUAUUAUAAAUCUUUACUCAUUAAUAAUAAUGGACGCAGCUUAUUACGAGCUAUAUAUAUAUAAAUAAGUGAGUAUAUUAUAUAUUAAAUGUAUAUGAGUUUAUAUUGAUGUUUAAUUAAUAAUUAUAUAUUAUUAGAAUAUAAUUAACUGGUGGGAUUUUCAAUAAACGAAUUUUUAAAUCGCAA